AUGAGACAUAAAAUUUCUGAAAACGAGAUAAUAAACAAAAUAGAUUCCAUAAAUUUAAAAGAAGUGAAAGACGCCUCGGCUUGUAUGAAUAAUUACACCAACUUCAUUUCAAUAAAACUUAAAAAAAAUAGAGAGGGUAUUAUUCAUUCCAUCCAAAGGAUAAAACAUUUAGAAGGUGUGACUAAAAAGUUAAAUAAAGAAUUAUCAGAAGGGAAUAAAGAAUUAGAAAAGCUAGAGAAGAAUAUAAAAGAAUUAGAAGAAACAAAUAAUACAUUAGAAAAUGAUAUAAAGGUACAAAUGAAUAAAGGAAAUUUAUAUAAGAGUAGAUUAGCUCUUUUAAAAAAAAACAAAGUAAGAAUUUCUAAAGCUCAAGAAAUAAUUGAUAAUGAUAUAAUAUAUAUGAAAUCUAGGAUUAAUAUAAUGAGAGAAAAUGCAGAUAAAAAUAAUCAAAAAUAUGAUAAAAUUGUUAGUCAGAAGGAUAAAAUGCAUCAAGAAAUGGAAAGGUUCAAAAAGGACAGAAAAAAUUUACAACUAAAUUUAAAAAAUACAAGAAAAAAUCAUGAAUUUCUCAAAAAUAAAAUGCAAAAUUUGGUAUUAACCAUGAAAAAGUCAACAGCUGAUGAUAAGAGGUUCCAAUAUUAA